AUGACUAGCUAUGUGUACUGUAUUGUGGAAAACCUAAAGGGAGAAGAAUUUAGAAAAGAUUUUAAAGAACUUUCCACAGUGCGCACUUAUUUUCCAAAAGCAUCUAUGUUAGCCCUUACUGCAACUGCCUCACCUCAUCAUAUAACAAGUUUAGUGAAGUCAUUGAAUAUGUCAACAGCAAAAGUUAUCAGAGUAAAUCCCAACAGCAAAAACAUAUUUCUUGACAAAAAGAUCUGCAAAAGUAAUGCUUCUGGAUUCGAAAGCUAUGAGAAUAUAUUGUUACCUAUAGCAAAUUCAUUAAAUUCAGUAAGAGAACAAUUUCCAAUGACAAUCAUUUAUAUGAAAUUAAAAUAUUGUGGUCUUGGCUUUAAUCUAUUUGAAAGAAUUUUAAGCACAUUUCAAUACGUGGGAUUUGAAAAAACACCAUCUAGUCGUUUGUUUUGUCAAUACCAUGCACCGCAGACAAAAGCUAUGAAACAAAUUAUCAUAAAGGAAAUUUCUAAGAAGAACUCACGGAUCAGAGUUAUCUUUGCUACCACUGCGCUCGGAAUGGGUGUUAAUAUUCCACAUGUAGAAAAUGUUUACCACAUUACCCCACCCAGCAAUCUUGAAGCUUAUGUUCAUGAAAUAGGACGAGCUGGCAGAAGUGGGCAACCUGCAACAGCUAUUUUGUUUUACAAUAAUUCCGAUGUUUCGGCAAAUAAAACAAAUGUGGAUAAAAAUAUGAAAUUGUACUGCCAGACAUCAACUUGCCUAAGGGAGCAUAUUCAAAAACAUUUUGGUUUCAAGCACGAACUUCAAGAAAAAUGUUGUUCAAUCUGUGAAAAAGUGGAAUUGGUAGAAAAACCAACCACUGUAAGAACUCGUUUAACAGCAAAAUUAAGAAAUGAAUUAAAUAAGGAACUAUGUAUGGCCCUAUCUAACAUUAGUGAAGAAAAUUCGAUAUUUUUGUAUGGGACUCCCAAAGAGCUUGCCGCUGACAUUUGUUACACAAGCUCACAAUCAAACACAGGUGCCCCUGAUUUAUCCAUGUUAGAUGAGAACAUUGCUAAAGAAGUUCAAAAUAUUUUGUCAAAGUAUUUUUGAGAAAAUACAUAUACACUUUGUUUCAUAAAAAUAUCAAAAGUCUUCCUACAGAGGUCAGUAAAGUAUUAUAUUGUUUAAAGAAGAGUAUGACCAGCCUUUUAUAUCUAUGCUUUAUGAAAAGAGUGUAUAUAUUUUUUUUCUUGAUACUAGUUUCACGCAACAAACUGUCCAAAAAUUUGAAAUAAAAACAUAUAUAUGCCAUCUAAUCUGCAUUAACACUGAAUAGACAAAACAAAGUUUAACUUUUAAACUAUUACUCAAGGGUUGGUGUAAUUUACCAGUGCUUGCUAGCAAAAUUUUUAACAAUAAAGAAUGAUUUGAUUCUAACUCUUCCCAUAAACUUUCGAAAUCAAAUGUCUGUAAGCCAUUGUAGCUUGUAUCAUGUAAGUAUGAUGGUUUAGUUCUCCUACAAAGUUUUGCAGAAUCCCUUUCAACCUC